UGCCCCGUGGUUUGAUGGGAGUCGGAGUCAGAAAGGAUUCUGUAGCCUACUUCCUGCUUUAACGAGGAACACCAAGAUAUUCCGGCUGUUGACUGAAAAGUUGUUCGCCUGCCAACAGUCUCACCUCGAAGAGGCAGAAGUGAAUAAGACAGAAUGUCUUUGAUGGAGCAUGGGGUAGUCUGGCCAGUUACAGCAGUGGCGUGGACCUCCAACUCCAGCACCUGCCCCAAAGAUUUCACUCUGAUCAGCAUCACAGAAGACGGAGCGGCAGCGAACUUUACACGCAGCUUUGCGAUCAAGUCUGGAUAUUACCUCUGUUACAGCAAGGACUUGACAGGUGGUAUGGUAGUGUCAGACAUUCAGCUUAUUUCAGACAAGGACUCUAUUCCUCAUGGUUAUUGCUAUAUAGCAGAGCACCUCGAAGCAAAGGCCUCUGUGGGGAAGAAGAAACGCGUGUGUGUACGCAUCGUCCCAGUGGGCAGUGUGGACACAGCUGUGUUGGAUAUCAAAGUGACAGCCAAAAGCAAAAUGAUGUUGCAGCACUACACAUAUGUGGGAGAUAUCCAUGGCUACGUGUUGUGGUGCAGAAAGGGACAUUUUUCCAGUCCCAAGCCCCAAGCCAAGCCCCGCAGUGUCAGCCUGGACCUCCACAGACUUUCGUUUGAGCAGCUGUCUGCUCCUCUGCCCCUUAGACCCAGCAACCCCCUUCCUCAGCUGCCAAAUAAUAAACUGAGUCAGAGGCGCCACACCCUUCAAAACCAGGACAACGUGGACAAAACUCCUGACUGCAGUAGCCAGGGAAUCACAGCUCUGGAUGGAGUUCCCUUUAGCCUUCACCCAAAGUUUGAUGUCCAGGCAAACGGCACAGCGCUUCAACUGAACUCUCAAUUGAACAACAUUCGUAUAAAGUCUUUUCAAGACAUUGAAAAUGAGUAUAACUACACUUUUGCUGUGGAGGAAUCUGCUGCCAAGAGGACCAGACCAUCAGUGCCAACAGGAAGUGCCCCAUCAGCUCAGUGAUCUUUUAAACUUUGACAAAGCAACAAUAUUAGACUUGUGUGUUUUGCUGCGUCAGAAGGUGUUCAGCAUCUCGCAUCAUGGUACAGAUGAAGGAUGAUCACGCCUACGUGUACACUGUAGGCUUAUAAUAUGAGGCUUUAAGUGGAAAUGAGUUACGGUUAGUUAAAAGGUCAUUUAUGGGCACUACCCUUAGUUCUACUUGGGACUGACAAUCAUACUUAAGAGAGUUUGGCAGUUUGGUUGUAAUGCCACACUUUUCCCUCACAUUCCUUUUUAUUUGUCUAUUAUGUCAGGUCUAUACCCCAUUACCCUCUUCAAGGAUUAAAGUUUGUGCUUAUCAAAGGAAAGGCCUGUUGGAAUGGAAUCAUACUUUUAGGCAUUACAGGGAUAAAGAUGUAAUGAAUAUACAAAACUGUAGAGUAUCUUCUAUUUGGGACUACUCAUCUUCAGCAUUAAUGGAGCAGUGUGUAGGAUUUAGGAGGAUCUAUUGGAAGAAAUGGAAAAUAAUAUAUUUAUAAUUAUGUUCUCAUUAGUCUAUAAUCACCUAAAAAAAAGUGUUGUGUUUCUGUUAGUUUAGAUUGAGCCCUUCAUAUCUACAUAGGGAGCCAGCCAUGUUGCACUGCCGUGUUUCUACAGUAGCCCAGAACAGACAAACCAAACACUGGCUCUAGAGAAGGCCAACGUAAGUUCUACUACAAGCUUGUAAAGGUAGGGGAGAGGGGAUGGGUAUUCUGUUGGUUGCAACCUCACCUAGAUAAGACACUAAAUCCUACACACUGGUCAAAAUGUAGACUAAUUGUAUGCUAAAAUGCUCUAUUAUAUCACGAAGACGCACUAGCCAUUGAAGAUGUAUACUACUUGCUCUGUUGUAUGUUACCUGAUACCCUUGAGUGCUACACAUCUUUUAAUCAUUUUAAUCAUUAUGAAUUUCUUAAGCAGAGCUGUAAUAUUGAGCAUUGGUGGAUGAACUUUGAAGUUUAGGUGACCUCACUAGAUACACUUGUAUAUCUAAAAAUAGGAUAUAGUGCAUUUCUUGUAUGAAGAGUAGCCUACAACCACAGGUUUUUAUUAUUCCAAAAGUAAUAUAUCCUAUUUUAAUGUGAAUGGAGAAAGGUUGUAUAUUUAGCUCUGUUAGUCUUACUUACACAAGAUAUGUGGGGACAAAGGGGAUAGAAUCUGUUUGUUUUUUAACUGUCAGGUAGAAUAAGGACCAAAUAUUUAUCGUGUCUUUGUACAAAAUAUAAAGUUAUGUUUUGUUGUUUUCAUGGUCUGUAUAAAAACUUUAUUGCAUGGAAAAAUAAAAAUCUAAGAAACACGA